AUGCCCCCCCACAACCCGAAUUACAACAGCGUCCCGGCGUUCCACGCCAAGCUAGCGACGAGCCGACGGAUCCUAGCAGUUUGUGGCGCGGGGCUGUCGGCGUCGUCGGGGUUGGCUACGUUUCGUGGGGCCGGAGGGAUGUGGCGGAAUUAUGAGGCGAUGGAUUUGGCGACGCCCGAGGCAUUUGAGAGGGAUCCGGGGUUGGUUUGGUUGUUUUAUGCUUAUCGACGACACAUGGCUUUGCAAGCGAAGCCUAAUGCCGGACACUAUGCCCUCGCUGAACUUGCGAGGCGAAACCCGGGGUUUUGGUGCUUGUCCCAGAAUGUUGACAACCUCCACGUCCGCGCGGAUCAUCCCCCCUCGCAGCUCAAACUCCUGCAUGGCUCGCUCUUUAUGCUCAAGUGUGCCUCGCCUACGUGUGAUUAUCAGACGGAAAACUACGACUCGCCGCUGUGUCCGGCGUUGGCCCCGGCGGCUGUCAACGCGCCAGCGUCGGCAACCGAGAUUCAUCCCCUCCUAGACCCCUCCAACCCCCUCCCCCCUCUCGACCCCUCUACCCUCCCACACUGCCCCCGUUGUCCCCCCAACACCUCCCUCCUCCGCCCCGGCGUAGUCUGGUUCGGCGAACCCCUCUCCGACCCCCUCCUCACCUCCAUCGACACCUGGAUCGAGCAACCCAACACACCCAUCGACAUCGUCCUAGUCAUCGGCACGAGCGGGGUAGUCUGGCCGGCGGCUGGGUUUGCUGAGCAGGCGAGGAUGGCGGGACGGACAAGAGAGGAGAAGGAGAAAGGGAUUGGGGCGAGUGUGGUGCAUGUGAAUUUGGAGGCGGAGGAGGAGGGGAAUUUGAGGAGGUUGGAAGAGGGGGAUUUUGCGUUUGCUGGGGAUGCGGGGGAGGUUUUGGGACGGUUGUUGGAGCCUGUAUUGGGGAGGUGGGAGGGAGGGAAGGGGGGGAGGUUUGUGAGGGAGUAG